UGUUUUGACUGAUCGACAAGGAAACAAUUUUAACUUGCAUCCUUGGUUAAUUGUCCACCGCUUUUGGUUAUCUUUUAUCUCUGUGUUUAUUAUUAGUGAGAGUGUUAACCAUUUUGCGUAAUUUUCAUUUGACCAUGUUGCCAAUCUCACCACAGCAGCAGUCCAAGAAUUUUCACAUUCGCUGGCAGAGCCGCGAGUAUGAUCACGGACAGCGCCCUUGCUUUCCGAAAUCCCCGGUUGAUGUCAGUUAUCUUCUGGACAAACAACGCAUUGUCUGCUUAGAAUCUCUAAAAUGCCCACCAGAAUUCGGAUACUGUACGGGAGCGGCGUUUGUCCAUGACAAUCACAACAUGGUGGUGAUGAAAACGGCCACGGGCCAUUUGGUGUCCGCCAGUGUCAAUCGCGUUGGCAGGUCCAGAAUUUUACAUUCCCAGUGCUUUACCAAUUUCAACUGUCGUGAUACCAAUCUGCAAGCACUGCCAACGAAUUCCCACCGUGUGCUGUCCUCGUGCCUGGGUUGUUCAUCCAGUUUAUAUGCUACCCGGUAUGACAAGCAUCGCGCCAGAAUCUGGAAUGUGUUGCCGAAUGGCCAGUUUGAGGCAUUGGUGGUGGUCAAUAAUUUCACGCUGGCCCAAGCCGCCAAUGUGCAUGAAAAUCUCCUGCUGGGCUGCACCAAUGUUCAGCAUUUGGUCAACCGAUACUCUAUCAUGGAUUAUGUGAGCGGUCAAGAAGUCAUUAAUUUUGGAAAUAUCCCUGCGAGUAUCGACUGGCCCGGUUUGCCUGCUUGGAGUCCACUGGACACCACGGUGGCGUUAUUAGGCGGUUUGUGGGACACUCGCAGCGGUAAACUCGCGCAUCAGCUGGUCAUGGUGGACUCUAUGCUGUCAGCACGAGCACCGACUGGUUUGGUUCAUGACGCCAAAAUCGGGGACUGCCAUUUUUUCCAUCCCGGUGGGACGACGGUUGUUGUUGGGCCAAAAAUUUUUGAUAUUCGGACAUGCAGACUGCUUGCCACUUGUCCCGGGUUUGCCGAUGCAUUUAUACAGUUCACGGAAAUGGGCAACAUCGUGUACAGUUUCGACAUGAUUGAACCGGCUCCCUUGCUGAUGUAUAACGCUAAAGAUUUCACCAAACUUGGGGCAUUUACAGAUUUCAUGUUGCAUGUGGCGGUUGUUGACAAGCAUGAUGACCGUAUCCUUGCCCAGCCUAGCAAUGUGAAGUCUCCUGUGUUUUUGGGUCUGCGGUCCGUCGACAAUCCAGCACCUCAACGCGAACCAUCGUCCGGUAAUAGUUCAGUUCGAUGUCAGUGGUCACACCUGCCAAAUUCCGUACCGCAACAACCGCCUGUCGUCUUGGCGCACGAUAGCGAAGACGAGGACGACACUGAUCUUUCCGUUAAUUUUGACAUGCUGGUCGAUGAGAGCAGUUCGGCGGAAUCGCACGAUAGUUGCUUUGAUGCGGACACCGACGAACUUGACGAUUGAUUUUUGCCAAGCCUCCUUUCGGUUUUGUUGCGGUGAAUUUGAGCGUUUACACGUCUGAUUUAUUCAAGAGUUUUGCGUUGUGGUAAACCCAGUUUCCAUUAAAUCCAGAUUUCUGUUCGUGAUAGUAGGCAAGCCGCAAGCCUGAUGAUGCUUUCGCCCUUUUAGAGUUUUCACAAUAUAUGCCUGCCGAGUUUUAAGAGAGUUUUUAAAUUUAUUUCUCGCUGUAUCGAGUUUUGCCGUUAUUAUGGUCAAUACGACGUUGCAUGCGUUUUUUAGCCGCGCGUUAUCUAUGUCAUCCAAAGAAGGAAGUUCCAGAA